AUGUCAGUACUGCGGGAUGACUUCAGGCAGAACCCCACGGACGUGGUAGUGGCGGCGGGAGAACCGGCCAUCCUGGAGUGUGUCCCGCCCCGUGGUCACCCGGAGCCCACCAUCUACUGGAAGAAGGACAAAGUGCGCAUCGAUGAGAAGGAUGACCGGAUUAAGAUUCGAGGAGGGAAGCUGAUGAUCUCCAACACCCGUAAGAAUGACGCUGGCAUGUAUGUGUGCGUGGGCACCAACAUGGUGGGCGAAAGGGACAGCGAGACGGCCCAGCUCACCGUGUUUGAGCGGCCCACGUUCCUGCGGCGGCCCAUCAACCAGGUGAUUCUGGAGGAGGAGUCGGUGGAGUUCCGCUGCCAGGUGCAGGGAGACCCGCAGCCGUCCCGUCCGCUGGAGGAAGGACGACGUGGACAUCCCGCGCGGGAGAUUGGAGUCAUCAGCUCCCUGGAGAGCUGA